ACCUUUUGCGGUUCCAGGUUGUUCCUGAACAUCUGAACCAGUUUCCUCUUUUCUGGAUCUUCUCCUCGGUUCUGAACACAAAUUGAUUCUCAGCGAAGCUGGACUCUUAGACGGAGUCUUAUUUUGAAGGCUCGCCCAGCCGCUUCCUGUUUGGUCGGUAAUAUUCGGUUCUGGUUCGGCUGUCGGUGUUUUCAGGAUCAAAAUGACCAAACUGCAGCUGCUCAGCGCCUACCUGACGGAGCGGCUCACCGCCGUGGUGAAGGAGGUUCUGGACGUGGUGGAGGACACGGUGGCCCAGUACCGGGAGGAGACGGCCAGAACCCGGCGGGAGAACGAGAGCCUGCGGAGGCAGCUGCGGGACAUCCUGCUGCUGGAGGCCGAGACCGAGUGGCUGAGGUCGACCCAGGCCGGUUUGGGUUUUGUACCUGCAGAGCAGCAGCCUAGUGACCUGAAACCCAGAGCCCUCCUAGAGGAGCCGGACUCCACCCUGACCCAGUCCAGACCUCCUCCGGCUUCAGUCCAACUUCUGUCGGUUCCGAAAGAAGCACCAUCUGCACCGACCCGGCUCCGGCCCGCAGAACCGAAACCCGACCCGCUGCAGGAGGCGUUCCGGAGGACGUCUCCUCUCCUGGCUCAUCUGCCCCUGAAUCCUCCCAGGAUCCACGCUGACGGGCCGGCGCCGAGGGAGGAGCCACAGGCCCCGCCCCCUGCACGGGUCAAAGCCGAACCCGAAGAAGCAAGCAGAGAGAGUCUAGCUGAGUCUGCCAACGCUCACGUUGAGUCGGGCUUUGACUACACGUCUGAGGAAGAGCAGCUGCCGGCGGAUCGGCAGGACGCCUCCAGAACCGGGCCGUCCUCUCAGGAGACCCGGCCGCCUGAAGACGCUGCGGUCACAGCGCUCGUCCCUGAGCUCGUACGCCGCUGCCCCCGCUGCGGCGAGGCGUUCAGUCACAGCGCUGGGCUCCGCCUCCAUCUGGAGCAGAAGAGGAAGACCUACGCCUGCGACUGGUGCUGCAAGUCCUUCGCCCAGUCGGCCGAUCUGCGGCGCCACCUGCGCACGCACACGGGCGAGCGGCCGCACCGCUGCACCUUCUGCUCCAAGAGCUUCAGCCAGAGAGGAAACCUGCGGCGACACCUGCGGAUCCACACCGGCGAGCGUCCGUACAGCUGCCCGUUCUGCUGCCGCACCUUCAGCGACGGAGACACCAUGAAGAAGCACAAACGCACGCACUCCGGGGAGAAACCGUACCGCUGCGGACGCUGCGCCAAGACCUUCACCAGCGCCAGCGGCCUGCAGCUGCACCUCAGGAAGGACCUGUGCUACGGAGCCAGCGCCUGAACCGACGGACUGAGGAGGCGGCGGGGCGUGGAGUCAACCAGAACCUUUAGGAGCAGAACCUUCUGCGGACCGGAUGUCUUCACUGUUCAGGGAGUUUAAGAUUGAACAAAUGAGGUGUGAAAGAACUUUUCAAUCUAGUUACUCUACCUGGACAGAACCGGUUCACACAGAAUCUCUGAUGCAACCGGAGCGAACCCAGGAAGGAGUCAGGAGGCAGAUCCAGGUCGGACAUGGAAAAUGUUCAUCCAAGACCAACAGCAGCUUCCACAGAUCCAACAUCUUCCACGGAUCCUUCAGCCCCGGGAAGCAGCGGAGUCCGACCCGCUGCCGGAGACUCGGCAGGAACCAGAACCUCCUAAAGGCUCACUGAGGAAUCCUGCAUGUUUCUGUCAGAAAUCCUGCCUUCAGGGUUUGGAUUUCUCUGGAACCAGAUCAGCUCUGCUGGUUUGUGCUGAAAAUCUUUUCUGCUCGUCUUCGUCCUGGAUCAACAUGUGAAGAGUUGGACCGGAGCGCUGCCAGAUUCUGGAAGAAGGAAACUGUCAACAGCCUGGAAGUAAAGCAGAAGCAUCGACGUUAGACAAACCCGGCCUUUAAUUAGGCCACAUUUAAUCAGAUCUUUAAUAAACAACCAGCGGCUCUAAAACUGAACCGAGUCCAGACCGGAUCCAGUGAGGACGGUCAGGGAAAGCACUGGAGGUCUGCAGCGCCCUGGGGUUACCAUAGCAGCCGCCCACGACAACCAUUACACGCCGUCUACAUGCUGACUGGUUGGACUGGAAGAACCUUGAAACUUCCCAGGGAAAAAACUGGAAGUUUGGUGAAAAUGUGAUCAUCAGAUUUUGGUUUCAUGAGAAAAAGAUUCAAUAAAAUGUUUCAAACUUGAUAAAACUGAUAAAAAU